AUGCGUGAUCACGUGCUUUCACAGACCAGAACGCCCGAGCGCCCCUUCCAUUUGAUAUUUGGUGGCGCCCCAUCCUCCCCACCCAUGGACGUUGACGCCAGCCUCCGCCAGCACUACCAACACCGCUCCCCCCUCCAGCGCGUGGAGCCGUCCGGCCAGCAGGAGAGGGAUGCCAGAAGCUUCCUCAUGAUGCCACCCCCACAGAACCGUCUGGCCUGCAACCCCGGGCUCAACCACAGGAACCCCCCGAACCCCAGCAUGAGAACCCCUGAGAAACAGGGUUCGGACCCCAACCACAGUGCCGACAGCGGCCUCAACGACAGCGCCAACAGCUUGGAUACGUCAGAGGGCGCCGCAACGACGUCAGACGAUGACGUCACGAAACAUUACGAUGACGACGACAUACGGAUCUCGUCAAACGACGAUGACGACGGCCUGAAACACUAUGACGUCAGUGACAGCGAGGAUUCGGGGAGGAAAUCCCACCCAGCACACCAUGGGGGCGGGGACUGUCGAGAUUCAUUACUAGACGACAGUCAAGUUAGGCGGUACAGGACAGCUUUCACGCGAGAGCAGAUAGGUCGUCUGGAGAAAGAAUUCUUAAAAGAGAAUUACGUGUCCAGGCCUAAACGGUGCGAACUGGCAGCCUCCUUAAAUUUACCUGAAGCAACUAUAAAGGUCUGGUUCCAGAACAGACGCAUGAAAGACAAACGUCAGCGGAUGGCGUUGGCCUGGCCCUAUGGGAUAGCCGACCCCCACCUCUACGCCUACCUCGCUGCCGCCGCCGCCUCCUACCCCUACGGGAUGCCUCCUGCUCACCCGGCUCUCGGCUGCUACUCUCCGGCUGCCGUGCCUCUCGCCAGAUCGCCCUCCGGCUUCCAGUCACCGCCCCACCUCCAGAUGUCCCCGGGGGUCAGGCCGGCAUCCAUGACGUCAUCAGACUUCCUGGGAAACUUCACGAGCAGCUAUCUCAGACAGACCGGCGGGCACCCCGGGGGUCAGCCCGUGCCCGGGACACACCCAUCGUUCCCUUCCGGUCCGCUCCUUGACCCCACGGCCAUGUCACUUCUGACGUCAUCGCCUCACCAUCUGACGUCAUCGCAUUUCAUGACGUCACUGGACUCUGCCCGACUAGCGGCGGCCGUGUCUGCAGCAUCGAACCCAACCCUCGCAUUCUCCCACACUAGUACAGUGGCGCCCUCACACCAGCCCCUCACGCCCCCACACCAGCCCCCACACCAGACGCCCCACACCACUCACCCAGUGCUGGCACCAAUAGCCAAAAAGGCGGGAACAUCGUCAUCGUCUGCCAUAACAAAAGGACUGUUCCGGCCCUUCCAGACAGACGACAGAAGUUGA